AUGUCCGCAGCACCUUCAGCAGGCGCUGCUGCGAAUAAAGCCACUCAAGACAAGACCGCGGAUGCUGCGAAAGAUGUAAAGCCGGCUGCUGCCCUGGAGGAGGAUGAUGAGUUUGAGGAUUUCCCUGUAGAGAAUUGGACGAAGGAAGAUACUGAGGUGCCAGGGGACAACACACAUCUGUGGGAAGAGAGCUGGGAUGAUGAUGAUACCAGUGAAGAUUUCUCUGCGCAGUUGAAGGAAGAGCUCAAGAAGGUCGAGGCCAGCAAAAAACGUUGA